AUGUCAAUUCCUCAUGGUAUGCUGGUUUACAAUAAUGAUAUUACAGCCGAUAGCUUGGUCGACACCAAGGGGACUCGCAAGAUAACGGAGGAAAUCUCAAGCAAAAUGCCGAAUUCUUCACUGUUUAAACUGGAUAAGGAGGAUCACACAUUAGCCAACCUUCUUCGCAUGAAGCUGCAUGAAGAUGCGCUGGUUCAUAUUGCGGGCUACCGUGUGCCUCACCCAACGCAGCACCGCGUGGAGCUGCGCGUGCAGACUUCAUCGGAUGGCUCGACUCGCCCAAUUCCUUCACCGAAGGAUGCCUUGUUGGAGGCAAUUGAUUCAUGCAUGCGGGACCUUCAAAACUUUGAAGAACAACUUCGCUGGGAAGCUCAAUCGAAGGGUCUGCAUGCGGAGUGA